UCUCACCUUGACAUUUAACAUUUACACUUCUUUUCCACUGAGAGUGUGCUUUCAUAUGUAAACAAUCUAAGUUUAGAGUAUGUCCUAUAUAAUAUAAUAAUUACACAUCUCUUCCAGGGGAAGACAGUAUUUUGGACGGCCAUGCAACUAUAUCUGUGAUAGUCCAUUGUAUGACUCCCUGUUGCUCAAUUUGCAGGGAGAUUCGGUGCAAAACAUAUGAUCAUAUGUUCUAAAGAAAUCCCCAUACCUGAUGAAAAAUACUGCACUGUAUGCACAAAGGCUUGCGGGAGCAGGACCAGGGGCUCAUGAAAUCACCUUCACAGAGUCUGUCUGUAAGGAUCAUCUCCUGUCUCAGACAUCUCCACCUUCACAGAGUCUGUCUGUAAGGAAACUAUCAUCUCCUGUCUCAGACCUCUUCAGCUGGACCGGCUGAGGAUGCUGUGUGGCAGAAUGAGGAGACUCCAGUCUCCCUGUCGAGAGGUCUCCCCUGUGCCCUCCUGCUACUCAGAGCCAGUCUCCCUGCCACCACACAAGGAUGUGCUGCGGGGCCUGGCCAGUGUCGGAGAGGUGGACCGGGAGGACGCAGAGGAGGUGCUGAGCUUAAGGAGCCUUCCAUGUGUGAGGAAGACCCUAAAUAAGGACCUCCAAAAGGUCAAGAGGUCAAGAGGGUUCCCGACCCGACAGCUUGUGAAGGACGUCUCAGACGUCAGACUUCCAGCCAUCAGCCAUCAGCAGCCGGAGUCCAGGUCCAUGCUCAUCGUAAGAGGUUUGCGCUGUGGAAGGAAAGUAGACAAAUGUCCCCCACUAAUGAGCUCCAGCCGGGUCCAAGACUCCAGCCGGAAGGCCAGCCUGCCCGAGAGACCACCUGGGCGGGCAGGCAGAAGACCAGACAGACAGAUAGUCAGCUCCUCUUCCUCUGAGCUCAGCCCACCGCAUCACCAUCCAUCCCCCAGAGGAGCAGAUCCCACUCCACAGAUGUCCAAUGAGAUGGCGGAUAGCCUGGAGUUAUCCUCCAGGCAUCCUUCCCAUAAUCCUCUGGGAUCUUCCGUAUCACCUCACAGGCAGUUCCUGGUCACGACCAGCCAUGCAUCACAUGGCGUGACUAACACGGGCAAGACCGCAACAAAUGCUGUGCUGCCUCGGCCAGGGUGGAGGCGGGGGGUGGCGUUUAAGAGGGGCGCCCUGGAGUGUGUGUGGGAGGAGGAGGGUUGCGGGCCGCCCCCACCCUUGUCCGGGCCGUACCCCCACCUCCUGGAGCCACUGUCAGGCUUCCGCGAGCAGCUACACAGGCAGCUCUUGCACUCCCCACUGCCCUACAGAGACGAGGCGACAUCGGGGGGAGCCCACGGCAGGGUGACCCCCACCUCUGCCCACCACCACCACCACCACCACCACCACAUAAUCUGCCCACUGGAUGGAGCAGCAGCCGUGCCCCAGGGGUCAGUCACCAUCUUGCUGCAGGAUGCGGUGGACGUGCCUGGCUGGCAUGGGCGAACGCUGCCCAAAAUCACCAUGACCCGUCCGACGCCCUCGCCAAAGCACGCCGCGCUGCGCAGUGAAAGCCGACAGUUAGCCUGAAUCCACGUCUGUUCUGACGCCCAUCCACCGAUCAUCUGGAAUUGAACAGUCAUCUGGUAGCAGGGAUACUACAGGAUGUGAAUGGGUGGGGAUCUGCCAUGCGUCUGUCUUAUAGUGCCCCCCAGUGGAUGAAUCCUGGGUGAGCUGUUUGUCUGUUGCGUUCUGCUGUUUGGGACAGACUGUAGAACUCACUCUUCUCACCUCACAUUUGCUGUCAUCCAGCUGAUGUAUUUUUAAUUCUCCAAAGCCACUUGUUUUUUCUUCAAAUGCAGAUUUUUGUUAGAUUUUAUCUUUUAUCUUUUUAUCCAUGGGUGCCAAUCAUCACUCACACGUUUAGCUCCAGCAGUAGACUACUCUGGAAUAUAGAGUUUUAACCCUCUGAAUAGAUUUUUAAAAAGUGUGUGUGUGUGUGUGGGUGCUUGCAUGCUUCCUCUAGAAUAUAGAGUUUUUACCCUCUGGAGUCCUUUUGUGGUAAUCUGACAUGCCGUGACAUCUUUCCACAAACAUUUAUCCAAAAGUGUCUAAGUACUGUAACAGACGUCUCCUCUGGAGCACAAACUCUUUACCAUGAGUAGCACAGCCCUCCUUCCAAUGCCUGUAGGCAAGGCAGGGUUAUAUAGAAGCCCUCACACACAUUCAAAGACUUGUACAGGUGAAAGGACAGGAGAAGAAUAGAUUUAAAAAGUGUGUCCGUGUGUGCGUGCGUGCGUGCGUGCGUGCGUGCGUGCGUGCGUCGUGCAAUUCAAAGACUUGUAUAGGAG